AUGGAACAAGAUAGAACAGAUCGCCGCAGACCUUUACUGCCACACCCUCAACUCCGGUAUAACUCCCCGACACGUAGACCGGUGGCUGGGUCUGUUGUGGCCAGUGGAUCGCCAGAAAGAAGAAGAUUGAUAAGAGAGAUGGAGAAGAGUAGAGAGAAUGAAAGAAUGGCGUAUAAAAGAAGUUCAAGUUCUCAAGAUUCUCAGGAUUAUUCUCUAAAUAGAUCUCCAGGUGGUGGAUCUCCAGUUAGAAAGGCUCAAAAGAAAGUCCAAUUUGCAAAUCCCACAAUAGACAAUGAACAAUUGACUCAAUCUUUUAAGGAAAUUGACCAAAGAUUAUUGGCCAUUGAAACCAACCAGAAGGAGUUCAAUGAUAGAAUUGAAAUGAAAUUAAAGGAGAUCCUUGAAAAGUUGGAUUCACUACAGAAAUAA